AUGGAUAAAGUUAGAGAAUCAUAUCGGGUUUGUGACAUCCAUUUCGCCCCAGAGAGUCGCUAUACUGGAAUCAGGAAUAAUUCAAAUCUUAAGAAAGAUGCUAUUCCAACUCUUUUUACUACUGGAACGAUUCAGAAAGAUUCCAGAUUUGUUGAAACCAAAUUAGUGACAAGGGAACAAGUCAACAGUACACCAGAAGUACCUAGUGAGGUGAUACCAUCACACCAAGACCAAGAUAUUCAGAAGCCAUUUACAUCUCAAGUGACACCACAAACUACACCAAAAAGAAAACGUAGCUUGGUAAAAUUAAGUUCUCCGGCCAAAUUAUCAGGUCUGAAAAGACGAACUCGGAUUCUUGCCUAUACAAAAAUUGGCCGAGCUUCCCAAUUGACUCCAGAGGGGAGAAAAUUAUAUAAAAUUGCAGGUGAUUUACGUAAAACCGCAAAAAGAUUAAAUUUUAGCCGCGAAGAUUUAAAAAAAAGCAGAUUAAAAAAUGAAGGAAAUUAUAGAUUCUCCAGAAUUUUUAAAGGCAAAAUUAAAUAA